AAAAAUCCAAGGUGAAGGUCGUUUGCAAAGUGAAAGUAGAAUCUGUCACAUUGUAUAACAGGUCACCGCUAUACAGUUUUCUGUGUUGACAUUCCACAGACAUGGGUGCAAGAAACCAGACAACGUUUAUGAAACAGCUGAAGGAGAUGGCCUUGAUAGUCGGUGGAGGCUCUCUGGCGUUUGUCGGAAUCCAGGUUUACAAUGGGAAUGAGCGAUUCUACCGGGACUACAUAAUGCCCUGUGUGAUGCGCUGCCUCGACCCAGAAAGUGCCCACAAUCUUGCCAUCUUCAUUGCCAAACACAAACUUGUUCCAAAACAAAAUUACGCUGAUCCUGCCAGUUUGCAAACCAAGGUGUGGGACCGGGAGUUCUCGAACCCAGUGGGCGUAGCGGCUGGUUUUGACAAGGACGGGGUUGGGGUUGAUGCCAUGUUGGAAUCAGGGUUUGGGUUUGUUGAGGUCGGCAGUGUCACACCCAAACCCCAGCCUGGGAACCCUAAACCCAGACUAUUCAGGCUAGUGGAAGAUAAAGCAGUCAUUAACAGAUUUGGUUUCAACAGUGAUGGUCACAAAGCUGUCAAAGAAAGAUUACAAGCAAGAACUGCAGAUCAAAAGAAAGAUGAGAUCUACUAUCCGUACAUAUCUGAAGAGCGCAAUAUGUUAAAUAUAAAUAUGUGGACAGAAACUUGGGGUCCGGACACACCUCCGCUCCACUGUCAAAGUUGUGGUGGUGUUGUCGGGGUAAACCUGGGAAAGAACAAGACCUCUGACAGCCUCGUGGGAGACUAUGUGGAAGGCGUGAGAGAGUUUGCUCCCCUGGCAGACUACCUGGUGGUGAAUGUCUCCAGCCCCAACACACCAGGCCUCCGGAGCCUACAGGGGAGACAACAGCUGGAAGAACUCAUAGCCAAGGUAUCAGAGGAAAGAAAUAGCAGCAACUCCGAGAGAAAGCCGCCAUUGUUGGUGAAGAUAGCCCCCGACCUGACAGAACAAGAUAAAACUGAUAUAGCAGCUGUUGUCCUUCAAACACCUGGUCGUGUGGAUGGCCUGAUAGUUAGUAACACAACCGUAUCCCGGCCUGACAGCUUGCAGAGCAAACAUAAGAGUGAGAGUGGAGGCCUGAGCGGGGAGCCACUGAAAACACUUGCUACACAGACCAUAGUAGACAUGUACAGGCUUACUAAUGGGGCGGUGCCUAUCAUAGGUGUGGGUGGUGUGGCGAGUGGCCAGGACGCGUAUGAGAAGAUCCGUGCGGGCGCGAGUCUGGUGCAGCUGUACUCAGCCCUCGUGUACCAGGGGCCACCUGUCGUAAAGACCAUCAAACGUGAGCUGGCUGAACUGCUCGAGAAGGAUGGCUUCACCAGUGUGUCUCAGGCAGUAGGGGCUGGGCUUAAGGACGUCUGACACAGUUGCCCAUUGCAUGAUGCUGACGCUUUGGGCUUAUCGCGCAGUGAACGGGGCUUGCAUUCUCCACAUAAACAUUAGUAUUGGUAAUACUAUGCUGGACAGCUGUCAAAUAAUGGAAGAAAUUUUUGGUGUAUAUGGAAUGAACUGUUGAUAUAAAUACAAAAUUUUAGUAACUGGCUUUGUCAAUGUAUAUGUAGUAUCAAAUGAAUUUGUUUUGUUGUCUAAAUACGGAUGAAAACACUUAUCUCCAGUGUCAGAUGUUCAUUAUUCAAUGUUUUAUUAAGUUAAUAAUGCACCAGUCAAUUGUAACCACUGCUCCCCCAGGUGCGGGGUAUAGCCGGGACUUUGACUAUCGGUCCAGCCAACCCCGGGUAGAAUCCCUGGCCUACGGGGACCAACUGCUGGUUAAAUCCCCGCCAAAUGCCCCCGCACCCCAGGGACCAUAGGUAAGGCCCAGUCCAGGCUAUUUGGGCGCGAAGACAAAAAAAACGUAUUCACUCGGCACUGCGGGGCCACCUGGAAGGUAAAAACACUGCCCAUUUACCCGGCUAUCUCCGGUAUACCCUCUGACCUGGGGGGCCGUGGUAACUAUUGACUGGUGCAUAAGCUUAUAGCAAUAUGCUGCACCCUAUUUACUGGUCAAGUACAAGCAUGCAAAAUGGUCUGUGGAUAUCAAAAACAGGCACGGGGGCCAUCUUACUGUCGUGCACACAUAAAAGAUAUUGUAAGACAAAUGCUAGGCAUGUGUUAGACUCGAGUUUAAUAUUCAAAUAAACUUUGUGUAACCUUUUCAGCCACUCUCUCUGUGUACAAUACAACCAAGAAUAAAUGCUCAAUCUUACAAUACAUGUAUGUUCUUUGGUAAGAUGGAUGCACGCAGAAGUUUUGACAAACAUUUAUGGAUUGAAUUAUUAUUUAGUAUUGUGGUAAGGUGUAUGAAAAUAUUUGGUCAGUUUAUGAUAAACUUUGAUUGACUUAAUGUUUUCAUAGACAGAGGAAGGCAGAUCUGUUUUACCAGACAAUUGAACGUAGCAUAAUUUCGGCUGUUUGAACAGCCUUUGCUUCAAUGACGCCACUUGUGUCAUCAACAUUGCGUUCAUAUUACCCGAAUAAAACGUAAUUUGACCAAUUAGGACCUUCGUUUUUGUACUAUUAGAGGUAUUGCGUUCCUCUGGUUAUGAAUGUAAUUAAAAAAUGAGUUAAUUUAUGUAACCACAUGCAAUAGGAGUGUUAAUGUACAGAUGUCAAUAUCGGGCUGGUUUUGUUUUAAUAGCCAGAUAUCUUUCAUACCACGUGUUUAUUUCUCUGGAAACAAAAAGAGCUUGUAAUUGCAUCUUAUUAGUUUAAAUAAGGGACAUUACUUCUUAAUUAAUAUUUUUUUGAUCCCCGUUGAUAUCAGUAAUAACUAAAUAAGUUAUUGAGUUGUUAUGGAUACUUGCUUCUCAAAGGUUUAAGCCUUCUAUAAGUGACCCCCCCCCCCUCCCCCCCAAUCUGUGUACAAUACACAACCUCUGGGUAUUGAUCUUAAUCUACUUGCCUUGAUCCCUCUUAUCAGAUCUCCGAUCUGAGUAUCCUGCUGUGCAGUUUGGGAGGUUUUAUUAUAUUAAAUGGACCCUAAAUGGCCCUGAGCCAAUAAAGGAUAACACAGGAAAUUGGCCCCUGUCAUGCCAAACAGUCUUUAAACUAGGCCUUUAAUAAUAAAGCUACGGGGGGGGGCACAACCAUUACUCUGAUCUUCUUUGAUGGCACAUGUAUCAGAGGCCAAUGACAAACAGACAAUUAACGAGUGACAGACAAGCCAUAAGCAAGCAACAUAUCAUGACUCAUGACUCAUGAUGUUGAAGAUGUCAAUUACUUUUGAGAAGAUUUAAGCCACACUCUUGAAUUGGUCAUUAUAAUUCUUUAUAUUAACAAAUAAAGGAAGCCAGGAAGCAUCAGGCCUAUUGACAGCUUAUAACCUUCUGUCUGAAAGCCAAAAGAGUCGACAAAAGAGAUACCUUUGCUCGAUAGUAUGUAUGAUUUCUUAACCUGAAAACAUACACAUUAACAUUUGAAUGUUGAUAACUUCUGUUGCGAUGUUGAUAAAUUUCAAUAUAUUCAUUCAAUGUAAUAAUAAUUAUGGACAUGUUUGAUAUUAACGAAAUUUGACAACACUUUAUUUUGUUUAUUUGUACCCAUUUACAAUGUUCAUCUGGUGCUGUUUAUACAUGUAAUGAAAUAAAAUAAAGUAUUACAACCGU